AUGAUGACCUCAGAAUGGCUGCUGGUCCGCACCUCCCGGGGGCGUUUUGUGUUUUCGAGAAUCAUGUCGGUCUGACGCUGCACCAGUACCGCUACCACAUUUCCACCGCCUCGACCGCGACCUCCCAGUCAGCCAUGGAUGCGGCGCGGGGCUCCGUCUCCAGCACCUCGACGCAAAGCACGCGCGACGACGGCGCUGCGUCUUCCGAGCCCUUUGUCCUGCGCCACGGACGGCGCUAUCUGAGAGGCGUGCAGCACUAUCCGCUGCCAUGCGAUCUGCCUGAGCUCCAGCGCCAGAACCUCCACACGCUGCUCGCGACCUCUGUCCUUGGCCGCGCGCUCGGCUCCACGCCAUCGCCGCAGAAUCCACCGAAGAAAGUGCUGGAGCUUGCAUGCGGCAGCGCGUACUGGACAGCAGUGUGCCACGACUUCCUCAGUGGUCUAGGCUACGAAGAUGUAUCCUACACCGGGCUGGACAUUGUGCCCCUAGCAGGCGAUCUCCAACGGCAAGGCAUCGACUGGAAGUUCGUUCAGCACGACCUGCGCAAGCCCCCCCUCCCUUUUGACGACGACGAAUUCGACAUUGUCGUUAUGAAAGACAUGUCGCUCGUCGUACCCCUUGGCGCCCUCUCCCAGCGCCUCCUAGACGAAGCAACGCGCGUGCUCAAGUCCGGCGGCACUCUCGAAGUCUGGGAGACCGACCACAUCAUCCGCUCCAUCCUACCGCACCCUCCGCCGCCGCCUGGCAAAAGCCCCCAAGAAUACGCUUGUGCGCAGACGACGGGAACCUUCCUGAUCUCGCCCAUCACGCCCUUUACCGAAGUCCAGAACAAAUACCUCCAGGACUCAAACACCUGGAUCCAAGAAGCGCUCGAUCGCCGGAAGCUGAGCCCCACGCCCUGCGUCCAAAUCUCGCAGGUGCUCCUCCAAGAAACAGAGACCUUGCACUCGGUCGGCGACCGCCGCAUUGCCAUUCCCCUUGGCGAGCUGCGCUGGGAGCGCGAACUCGCUGCGUCGGAACCCUCGAAGCCCAAACGCCGCGAAUCAGAGUCCACACGCCCCAAUCCCAGGAAAGCCAGCGUCGCACUGGAUACGGGGACGCUGACGGUCGAGCAGGCGGCGCUGCGGUACACGGCGCUGCUGGUCGUCGUGCAGAUGAUCGAGAGCCUGGAACCGCUGCUGAAGGAAGUCAGCGGGAAGAACCAGGAGGAGUGGCAGAGGUGGUGGGCCGGGUUGAUGGGCAACCUGCUGGAGCAAAAAGGCGCGAGUAGCGGCGAGUGCUUGGAGGUGGGCGUGUGGUGGUGCAAGAAGGUGUGA